AUGGCCUCACCCAAACUCAUAGUCCACCAUUUGCAAGUCGGUCAAGGCGAACGCAUCCCUUGGCUCCUCGAAGAACUCAACCUACCCUACGAACUCAAACUCUACCAACGGGCCCCUCUCCUCGCACCACCAGAGCUGCAAGCCGUAUACCCCAUUGGUGCAUCGCCUGUCCUCGAGGAUCUCACUGACCCCUCUCAUCCCAUCAAAUUCGCAGAGUCAGGUGCGAUUUGCGAAUAUGUCAUUCACAAGUACGGCAACGGUCGCCUGGCGCUAAAACCAGAGGACAAGAAUUAUGCGGAUUAUCUGUACUGGCUACACUUCAGCAAUGCGACAUUAAAUGCUGGUAUUUUCCGCCGCGCCAUGGCAAGAAAUAUGGUGGGCGAGGAGGAUAUGCGAUACAAGGGGAAUGAUGCACGUGUUGUCAAUACGCUGGAGCAUGUGAAUAAUCGUCUCAAGGAGAACAAGUGGCUUGCUGGUGAAGAGUUUACGGCAGCGGACAUUAUGACUGGGUGGUGUUUUACUACUAUGCGCAAGUUUGAGCCUAUUGAUUUAACCCCGUAUGAUGGUAUUAUGGCAUGGUUGAAGAGGAUUGGAGAGAGGAAGGCGUACAGGACUGCGAUGGCAAAGAGUGAUCCAGAUUUGGAUAUCGAGGCUGGCUUGAGUGUGAAGGGGCCACCGAUGCAUGAGGUAUGGGCGAAGGUAAUGGGAUCUAAGCCUGUCGAGUGCUUUAGCUCAGGAAUGGCGUGUGCAGACGUUGAGACGACCAUAGCAGGAUUCGCCCCCGCAUAUGCAGGUAGAUCAAUAACUGUAUCUAGUUCAAGAGAUUACAGAUGUGAGCUACAUGAUAAAAAAGUCCUUAUUCCAUAUCAAAACUUGGAGUUCUUCCACCAGUUCGUAGUAACGAUUCGACUUGAUUUAAUGAAUGGAAUCUGGUAUGGAAGCUAUCGAAAGAUGGUACCAUCGAUCGAUCGGAACAUCUCGGAUUCUGCCGACGAUGCCGAUGAGGCUCUUCCGGAUCCGCUUAGGCGCACUCAGGAACGCGCGACACGCCAUUCUUCCCACGACACCAUGUCCAUGUGA